AUGUUUCAAGUAACCUAUCAUGGUAUUCACUCAUUUAACGAAGGAACAACAAUUGAUUUUAUUUCACAAUACUUUAAUAUUCCAAGACAAUAUUUUUAUUUAAUUAAGAAUGGAAAAUUAAAAUAUGAAGGACAUAAUGGAGAAGUUCUUGAUUUAAUUAUAAGAGCACAUGGAGGGAAAGGUGGGUUUGGAGCUUUAUUAAAAGGAAAAGAAAUUAAAUCAAAAAAGAAAGAGAAUUUACCAGAAGAUUAUUAUGAUAUGAGCCGAGAUUUAAAUACAGGUAAAAGAAUAUACCAAAUUCGGAUUGAGAAAGAGUUAGAAAGAAAAGAAGAAAGAAGAGUUGAAUUAAAAGAAAUAGAAAUAAAAAAAGAAAAAGAAAUGGAAGAAGAAUAUAAUUUAAAGAAAGAAGAAGAUAUUAUUUUAACUGAAGAUACAACAAAAAAAUUAUUAAGAAAGAUUGAUUGUUAUAUGAAUGAAGGAGGGAUUAAAAGAAAAAAAGAAGAAAAUAAAGAUAAUAAUGGAAAGAAAAUAAAACAAGAAGAAAAUGAAUUAGAUAUUCUUAAUCCUUUUUAA